AUGGGAGAAAGAAACGGUGGCACUGCAGCAGCCAGAUUGCAACUGGUUUUGGAAGAGGAAGAAUUACCACCAUGUUUGGAGAGGAUUCGUGAAAUCCUUGGCGACGACAGAAGUGCGACAAAGAAGGUGUUACCGUGCGGCAGGUCUCCUCUUCAUGUGGCCUGUGACAAUCCAUUCAUAGAGAAACAAGUUUUUGACUUUUUGAUCUCCGAGUGGCCGGAGAGCGUCCGCUUGGAACACUUCGACGAAGACGAUCCGGAUAUUGACUUGCCAAUACACGUGGCUUGCUAUUCCGGUUGCUCCACCGCAAUCAUCCGGGCACUGGCGGAGCAGUAUCCCGAAAGCCUGAAGAAACCAACCACGGAAUCUUCAUUCACACCUCUCCACUUGGCAGCGUUGUGCACAAAGCGAUCGCUGGAAACAAUCCAGUUCCUCGCCCAGCAAUGCCCCGAAUCCGUCCGAGCCCGAGACAGGGAUGGGGAUCUGCCGCUUCACGACGCGCUGCGGGCUCUCCGUUUCGGGUCGGAAGAGCCAGCUCCCACGACGACAGAGCUUGUGAAAUUGGAAGAGCCAGCUUCCACGACGGCAGAUAUUGUGGAAUUACUCGUGGAUUCUUUCCCAGAAAGUUUGAUGAUGCGAGGGGAUAUGGAGCGGCUCCCUAUUCAUGUCGCUUGCGACCGUGGAGCUCCCUUAGAGGUGCUCAAACUCGUGGCGUUAGGCUCCCGUCUAAGAAGCCUCGAACGACCAAACACACGAAUCAAGUAG